UGGCUUUAUGUGGAUUAUGCUGAUGUCUCAAACAAUAAUUUUUGACGAAUUUCGUGAGCAUAUAAAGCUGUUUUCCAUACAAGAACUUGUUUUUAAUMGUUCAGUUCGUAUGCCAGCUAUAUGUUUUAGUGUUCUAAUUAUGUCGGUUUUGACAAAUGAGCCACUUCUUGGGAAGAGCAUGUUGUGUGCCAAAGAUAAGCGCGAUAUCUCCCUUUGCGUUUACAAGAAUUAUUUUUCGUCGGAGUAGAAUGACUCAAACAUAGCCUCUUCGAAAUUUGCAAAAGCUAACUUCGAGUUUAAGACAUGCGAAGUCGUACUUUCCAAGAAUAAGUUCCAUUAAUACAUAAUUUAAGUAUAUUUGUUUGUUUAUGCGAUGAAAAGCCAAAUGGUUUACUUUAAUCGUCUCACGUGACUUGAACAGUUGUCGGCGGUGAACAGUUCACCGCUGCCUAUAAGAGCUGGUCAGCCAUUGGGCAGUAAUGCACCAUAUUUUGCGUGGCGUGCAAACGUGUUUCCUGGACGCUGAGCUGUGUUCACAUAUGCUUUUUUUAUGGCAUAUGCUAGGCGCAAGUCAAGACAGGAGAAAGUGGUUGUCGUUGGGUCUGAAAAAGUGGUAAAGUACCAUACAGAUGUGUACACAAUAUUGUGGUCAAUAUUGGUAUGAGCUUGUAUAUAAUAAAGGGUGUUUUUUAGUCAUGUCGUUAAACUAUCUGACAUUUAUUUAACAUUGAUGUAAGUAUUGCUAUAUACUAUCCGAAGCAUGGCAGAUUUUUAUAGAUAUACAAAACUUGGGUAUAAACUAUUUGACCUUGCCAUGCGUAAUCAGUAAAAAUUAAUAAAAAUCACAUAACAUGCGCAUUGUGUCAUCAGCUACAAAAGAGUUGGCCUUUGGCGUAUUAUCAAAACUGUACGUUUGAGUGCGUUUACAAAACGAUAUUAACGCUUAAUGAUCGAGGAAUUAUGAUGCAGUGAUCAUGAAGCCAAAUGUUGCCACAUAAUAUAGAGAAACAAUACAGUUAAAAAGUAGAAAUAAAAACAUAUGUUAACAUAUAACAUAACAUAUUACUAACUCCAUUUUUCACUAAACGACAUUUUUUGUGUUUGAAUAUUUUCCAAUAUAAAAAUGUGUCAAAAUCGAUUACUGAUCUAUAAGUAAACACUUCUUCACAUGUGUCUUGUUUUUCUCAGUUCUCAGUUAAUUCGGUGCAAGUUGCUCAGCAACGCAUUCAAUUAUAACGGAAGAGUUCUAAUUCUAAAAAAACGCUGCCAAAAUGAACUAUCUGCGUUCAAUAGAAAUCUCACGCGUAGAGAUGACGCCGGCGGAAGACUCCACCUACACGACAAGUAGCGGUUCGAAGCGUGCGAGCUAUUCGUUGAUGGGCAUCAAGUUGUUGGAACUGGCACUGGUCAUCACUUGCAUUGGCCUCAUCGAUGAGCCAUCCACACACUCACAUCUGCGCAUCUUCAUAACGCCGCGCGUUGUCGCCCUCUGCUACGUAACCUUUGGCAGUCUCAUCAUUUAUACUUCAAUUUACUUAAUUAUGGCAUUGUUCGGCGAUGUCACAUCUUGGCGUACCUCGACGCUGUGGUCCAUCAUUGGCUUCAUACUGCUUGUGGCUGUGACGGCGCUACUCUUCCGCGAUUGGUCCACCACAAAGGAGCGUAAUUACUGGCAUCCGAAUAUGCAACGUCUUGACCUGGUGCUGGCCGCCGCUGCGGUCUCAUUGGUAACCACACUCAUCUACUUGGUGGAUUUGUUGGCCACAAUACGUUUUGGUGUUAGCGGUGAACUGGAGUAAAUGCGAUAAAUGAGGUUGAGCAACUAUAGGCCGCACAGCUGCUCUAUGCGCACCAUCGACGUCUUCUGGCUACGGUUUAAAAAUUAUGCUGUAAUAUUUACAGAAAAUCGACGCAAAUUUGUUUAUAAUAUUUUUUUAUUAAUAAUUUUUACGAAAAUAAUUGCAAUAUUUUAAUUUUGAAUGUAUAGUAUUAAGCUCAAAGUAACAAUGCGUUGGUGUUUAUACUUAUAUAUAGUAACGUAGAUAUCUAUAUAGUUAUAUAGAAAUAUCAGUGGCGCAUUCCAGGGGGGUUUGGGUAGCAAACACACCACAACUCACAGAUUUUUGCAAUUGAAUUGGCGAAGUAACUUCAAUAAACUUCAGCAAAAGCCCCCAAAAAGCAAAUGCCCGCUCCGCCACUGAGAAAUAUAUAUACAUAUAGAUAUAAUGCUAAGCGCAAUCGAAUAUUUAAUAUGCCAUGAGAAAUUCGCAUUUCUUUAAAUGUACAAAAAUCACAAUUAAAAUGUUCAAUAUUGAUUAAGUGCGUCUAAUUGUUGACGAAACAUAGUUUUUUUUAACGUUUUCCUUACAAACUAAUUGUAAAAGUUAAAUAAACACUUUUUUAAUACAACAGUAAUUAUAUAUAACCGAA